CUUGCAGAGUUGCAGUUGCAAAAACUUGCAGGCCGAUUGCCGCCUUGCAGUUGCCAAAACUUCUUUGUAAGGGGAUGUAGUUGCAGAAACUUGCAGAUCAGUAACACCGUCGUCGGAGUUCAUCCACCCUGCAGCCCUCCACGUCCUUCCACACCGGCCAAGAACGCCGGCCGCCAUGGGCUCGCCGCGCUCGUCCUUGCCUCCUCUCUGGCUUCUCCUCCUCUGCGUCGUCGCAGCAGCACGGCGCGCGUCGAUGGCGCGGGCGCAGCAGCCGAUGCCGCCGUCGUUCGCGUUCAGUUGGCUCGACUACAGGUCGUCGUUCGUCGCCGGCGACACCGCGGUGAUCAAGAUCACGCCGCUCGACCUCCCGCCCGGGGACGAGGCGCGGCGGUCGCUGUCGUUCACGGCGACGGUGAACGGCAGGCGGGGCAACAGCACCUACAUCGCCGACGUCGCGGCGCACCACGCCGGCGAGCCGGCCGCCUGGAACAUCACGUUCGUGCCGCUGCGCGCCGGCGACUUCGUCGUGCUCGUCGGCGAGGAGCGGUUCGGCGUCGCCGAGUCGACGCUCGAGUUCGCGGUCGCCGCCGCCGGCGUGCACCCGUCGGCGUCGCUGGCCUCCUGGACCUACUCCGGCGCGUGCGUCGCCGGAUCGAAGGCGUCCGUGUCGGUCGCUCUCAGGGACGCGUUCGGCAACGGCGUCGCGCGAGGGGCCGACAUGCCCGGCGGCAAUGGCAACUUGAAGGUGUCGGUGUCCCGUAGCAAUGGCGCCAUCGUGGAAUUCAAGGAUUUUCGGUACAAUGGAUGGGCGGAAGAUGGACGCAUCAGCCUUGAGUUUGUUCCGGUUGUUGCUGGAGCAUUCCUUGUCCGGGUUCAGAGCGAUGACAACACAUUGCGUGGUUCGCCAUUGUUACUGACCGUCAAUCCAGGCCCUGUUGAUAUAGCUAAAAGCACAUGCAGCUGGAAGUAUGGGACUAAUGUAUUGCAGAUAUUUUCCAAGCUGGAGAUUUUCAUACAUCAGAAGGAUUAUUUUGGAAAUGCUGUUCCAGAUAUCCAUCCAUUUGAUGCUAGAAUAGUUAAACGAGCCACAAAUUUGUCUGUCCCGGUAGCAGAUCUACUGAUUGAGGUUGUGGACGAUGGAACUCGGCUGCUCUCUUUCAAAGCUGUGGAUCCUGGAGAGUUUGUUCUCACAAUUUUCGAUCCUAAGCUGAACCAAAAGAUCUCCAACAUGGACUACGUGUAUAAUGUUUUUGUAGGGUAUUGCGAUGGUUCAAACAGUUUUGCUAAUGGAUCUGGUUUAGCACAUUCAGUUGCCGGUUCAGUGUCACAUUUUAUGGUUUACCUGCAGGAUCACUAUAGCUAUCCUUCCCCAAUUGAAUCCGCAUGGCUGAAAGUACAGAUUUUGAGUAAAAAUGGUGCUAGUGUAAAUUCAACCAUAUCUCCAGGAGAAUUAAAUGAGGAAACAUUUGUGGGAGGACAUUUCAGUACAUUUGUGGGAGGACAUUUCAGUGGAGGACCUACUGGCCAUCAGGAAAAAAUUAUUGCAGGAAACAUGCGACCAAAUAGUUUUAAUGUUUCAUAUACUCCUAAAUUUGCUGGGGAGUAUGAAAUUUGGGUUCAGUGUGGGAACAUAGUGAUAAACAGUGGAAAUCCCUAUAAAAUGACAGUUUCCACAGGUGUAGUUAGCACCGAUUUAUCAACAGUUGUCACGUUCGUUCGUAAAGUCAAAACUUCAGUCCACAAUGAAGUAGUUGUUCAACUUGUUGAUCCAUUCAUGAAUCCAAUGAUACACUUGGCAUCAAAAUUGAGGAUUCAGCUAACCUCUGCAGAUAGUACAACCCCUAUGAAUGCGCCAAGCUUCACCGCAGGGGAGUUUGUUGACAACAAAGAUGGAUCGUAUACUACUUAUUAUGUGGCGAAAAAUACCGGUUUAUAUAGAAUUUGUAUUCAGUUUGAGGAUGCACAACUGAAACCUUGCCCAUUCGAAGUGCAUGUUGUUCAAGAUGAAGACUUCUCCACGGUUCAAAACGAUAUAAUUUCAGUACGGGAGAAUGAAUCUGUUUCCUUUGAUGUAUUGUCAAAUGACUACAUUGCAGGAGGCCAAGCUGUAGUUAAUUUUUAUCCGCCGCUUCAUGGGUCAGUCCUACAAUACAAUCAAAAAAAAUUUAGGUACACACCUUUCGAAGGAUUCUUUGGAAAUGACACAUUUUGGUACAUAAUAUUCGACAAGCAUGACAACAUUGCAUACGGCACAGUGUUCAUAUCAGUUCUCUGCAGACCACCCCAGUUUAUUUCUUUACCCCAACAGCUACAUGCUACUGAAGACACGAUUGCCCCACAAUUCGGUGGGUUUCCAGGGAUUAAGAUAGCAUAUUCAGAUGCAGCAGAAAAUAUCUCUGUUAUGCUACAAGCGCAGUCUGGAAAUGUGUCUCUUGCUCCUAUGCCAAUGAAAUUUCAUCAGACAUCAUAUGACGUACUUUCAAUCAGCACAGGAGAUAGAUAUGGCAAAGAUUUGAUAUUCAACGGAACAGUCGAAGCAAUAAAUGGAGCGCUACGAUUUGUUAAGUAUAUCGGAAACGAAGACUUCUAUGGAAAUGAUAUUAUAAAGAUUUAUGCCAUGAGCAGGAGUGGAAGAGAAGAUGCUCAAGUACCCAUUUUCGUAGAGCCAAUCAACGAUCCACCAGUUAUAUUAGCUCCAGAAUCGAUUUUCUUGGGUGGGAAAAAAUCAAUUGAAGGAUAUCAAAUCUUUGACAAACAAAGGGAUCCAUUUGAGUCCUCCAUUGUUGAACCAGAUCUUCAGAGUUUCCCAGGGAACAAGUCCCAUCUUCAGCUGGUUCUCUCAUUAGAAGUUCAUGAAGGAGCUCUCAUGGUAACCUUGACAGCUGGUAUCGUCGCCACUGCAGAGGUGAAGAUUGAAGGGAACAACUGUUGGCAGCCCCUUCAGACUUCCAGUGCUGAUCGCAUAGUCCUGAGAGUAGCUGGUAUCAGGUUCCGUGGGAGUGUCUCUGAUUGCAACAAUGCAAUGCAGCGGUUGUUCUACCAGGGUCGAAGCAAUGAAACAACCUUAGUUAUUAUUGUAAAUGACCUGGGAUACUUUGGAUGCUACCCAGACUGUUCAAUGAAAUCAGGGACGCCAUUGUCCACCAUAAAGACCAUUCGUCUACUCAUAAGGAAAUCUGUGAAGUCAAGAGAUCUUUUGUUGAGAACAGCCUUAACAAUUGAGCUAUCCCUUGGGUGUGUUCUUCUGUAUUACAUCUUAAAAUGCAUCUGUGCUCUCAAAGGCAAGGGAAAAAAUCACAACAAGAAGACACGUAAGCUGAAGAAGACCGCGUCUCAUCAAAAUACGAGCACCUCAUCGUCAGAUGAUGCUGGAUAUUUGUCUGCACCUGCUACCGUGCUCUCCUCAGGUGGAAACAGAUCCAGUUUACGGAAGAGGUCACCUCGGUCACGCAGGCAGGAACUGGAGCUGCAGCCGUUAACUAUGUCCAGAAACAAUGGAGAUCAAGAUGACCAGCUUGCAGAACACAAGGACAAGUAGCACUUCUGCUCGCUCCAAUCAAGCUCCAUUUGCUCAAUGCCCACCAUAGAAUAACAUUUCUCUGGUUGGUCAGGUUUCCAGUUGAUCAGAUCUAGAGAGUAUAAGCAGUUUAGCUAGCUUUAAAGUAGCUUUAGACUCAUUUUCUGUUCUUAUCCAUUAUCUAGAUGUCAAGAAAAAAGAAACAGGAAGCACUUUUCUUAGUUUGACAGAUGCCAAGCGAAAUCCCCUCAGAUUAAACAAUAGCUUACCUCUACAUGAACAGAAUCAAAUCAAAUAAAAUUUUCUAUUUGUCAUGAACUCAUA